AUGUCUGGCCGUGCAAAGCAGGGUGGCAAGGCUCGUGCCAAGGCCAAGUCUCGCUCUUUCAGAGCAGGUUUGCAGUUUCCUGUGGGCCGUGUGCACCGGCUUCUUCGCCAAGGGAACUACGCAGAGCGAAUUGGGGCUGGCACACCAGUGUACCUGGCGGCGGUGCUAGAAUACUUGACAGCUGAGAUCCUCGAGCUGGCGGGCAACGCGGCCCGCGACAACAAGAAGACGCGCAUCAUCCCGCGCCACCUGCAGCUGGCCAUCCGCAACGACGAGGAGCUCAACAAGCUGCUGGGCCGCGUCACCAUCGCGCAGGGCGGCGUCCUGCCCAACAUCCAGGCCGUGCUGCUGCCCAAGAAGACCGAGAGCCACAAGUCCCAGACCAAGUGACUCCUGCACGAGUGACAGCAGCUAACAGCCUAAAACAAAAAGGCUCUUUUCAGAGCCA